AUCUGCAUAGAUCAUCUCUGAUCUGAUGAGAUCUCGUCGGGUUUUGCUUCAUUGGACAUAAGAUCUGAUUAGAUCCAUUUGGCUUAGAAGAUCUAAUCUUUAACGCAGUUCCUGAGACAGAAAUUUGAAAUUCAUUAAUCUCUAUUAACUGCAAACAAAAAUCUUUGUGUAAUUAAAUGUCUAGAUAGGUUUAAAAAUGAAUACCAAUAGGUAUAUACGUAUGACAAUGAAAUUUCAGUGUUAAGAUAUACAAAAAUUAUAUGCAUAGUUUUUCUACGAAUAAGUAUUUAUUUAUUGCAUAUUCUGUUGCUAUAUUCAAAAAAAUAAUGAGUUCUUAAAAUAGCAAAGUUUUAUUCAGUCUUAUUACAUGCAGCUACAUUGCUUUCCUACUUCAACAAAAUGUUUCGUGUACUAAUGGGGAACUGGACCAAUUUUUUUUCGUUUUUCUUAAUUGUGAUACUUUAAAAACUAUAAAUAUUGAUGUCUUAGGUAAAUAAUAUGCUUAUAUUUGUUAAAAAAUGAUAUUAAAAAUUGUGUUGCACAAAUAGCACAAAUAGCAAUUUUAGCAAAUUUUAACAUCGAUUUUCUUUAUAUUUAAGUGGCAAAUAAAUGAUCUAAUCAGCGUUCUGGCAUUCUGAGUGCGUUCCACUUAUCGCCCGCAACGCUUGCAACAUCGUUGUUUCUCUAUCUAAUACAUUCAAUAUUUAAAGACACAACGAUGUUGGGAGCGUUGCGGGCAAUAAGUGGAAUGCACCUUCUAUCGAUCAUAUUCUAGCAAACUACUUAGACAGUUUUUAAAUUCCCGUCACAGUCCAAUUCUCCGUUUUGCUGAUAAGCUUAUCGCAAUAGUCCCAUGCCGCUCGUUUACGAAUGAAUCAAUUUCCAUCGAUCAAAUGAUAAGGAGUGGAAAAUGUGUUUACGCUUUAUCAGUUUACACAUGUUCGCUAACCAUUCGCGAGCUGGUUUAAUGUAGCGUUGUACUUCUCUUUAAUUUUGCAUAGCAUAUUAAAAUACAAGCAAUCAACAAGCUGGAAAACUUUAUCAAUGACUUCCCAUGUAGAUAAAAGAACCGAUAAGUUAUAUUAGUGCUUUGCCGUCCCAUCACAAAUAGUGUCAACCAAUCCAGCUAGAUAUAAAUUGAAUGUUAUCGAAGAAUUACUCGACGUCAAGUACAUACUCGAUUGAGUAUCUGUCAUGUAGUGAUCGGCUUCUCAUUGAUUAAAAUGAAUCUUGAAGGAUUAAUGCACGACAAUUGUCGAGAUUUUAACCGAUUGUAAGAGAAGUAAUAAUGGGAACUUUAAACUGGAAUGAACUCUUCCCAGGAAGAUGGAGUGCUGUCAUAUUUAUCUCUUAUAUGGCUCUAUUCGUCAAUCAAGGAAUCAUAGUGACGUGGUCUCAAAAUGAUAAAAAGUAUGAAUAUAAUACUAUCACAGUGGUAUUGAUGACUGAAGUUUUGAAACUAAUAGUUUCAAUCAUUUUCUACUGCAGAGAGAAUACAAUAUUACAACUGUUUAAAGAAAUACAAAAGUAUAAAGAUGUGUUAAUAUUGUACAUGGUACCAGCAUUUUUGUACUGCUUGUAUAACAAUCUGGCUUUUAUCAACCUGGCUGCAUUUGAUCCUACGACAUAUUACCUUUUACUACAGCUUAGAGUUGUUAUGACUGGAAUUGUAUUUCAGGUGAUAUUCAAAAAAUAUUUAUCAACGAUGCAGUGGAUAUCAUUAUUACUACUAACUCUAGGCUGUAUGAUAAAACAUUUAAAUGUCAAUAUUAAAGAGCCCUUCUCUUUACCAAACUUUUAUCUAGGUAUCAAUACGUUCUACAUUUUUAUACAGACAAUGUGUUCAUGUCUGGCAGGUGUCUAUAAUGAAUACUUGCUGAAGCGUCAAGGAGCAGAUAUCAAUAUAUUUGUACAAAAUGUGUUCAUGUACAUAGACAGUAUUUUGUGUAAUAUUGUCGUUCUUGCAGCACAUGGAAGCCUUUUGCAGACCUUUGAUAGUGCUGGCCCUAGUAUCUUCCUACAACCAAAAGUUAUUCUAAUUAUAAUUAACAAUACAGCUAUAGGUAUCAUAACUAGCUUUUUUUUGAAAAACUUAAAUUCUAUAUUAAAAAACUUUGCCAGUGCCUUGGAACUCAUAUUUACUGCGAUUUUAAGCUGGAUAUUAUUUGGCAUUCCUAUCUAUAUAAACACAGUGCUUGCCAUUGCCAUAGUAAGUUAUUCUGUUCUUUUAUAUUCUCGAAAUCCCGUGCAGAAUGCUCAUCCAGAAGUUCGUGAAAUUAACACCGAUAUGAAAGAGUCGGUUCCCCUAUCAAAAAAAAUUCAAACAGUCUAGAUUAGUGAGGUUUCAUGCCUGUUUGCUGUUUUUUCAACUUAUCUAGUGAACAAAAAUAUAAUUUCACACUGUUCACCUAGUCAAAAAAGUUCAAUGAUCGAGUAGAAGUUUUUAUGUAACCAAAAAUACUAUGUAAAGAAAAUCAUAUCAUCAAUCAUAUUGAUUAAUAAUAAACAUCUUUUAUGUCAACGAUUAGAAAUUAACUAUAAUUAUAUCUUGUCAUAUAAUAUCUUUCAACUUUGCCAGUCUAACUGAUGGAUAUAUUCACAAACCUAAAACUGGCAAAAAGUGUUGCAUGGAAAACAAGGUUUUCUAGGUUUUUAGGUUUAAAGUAUUUCGAUUUUCAAGUAACUUGAUCUUUAACGUUUUUUUAAGGUCGCUAAAUUUGAAUCUCACCUCGGAUUUCGAGAAUUCGAAAUGACGGAUAAGAAAUGGUAAAUUAAACUCGCAAAAACUGCUGGAUCUUUAUGGAACUUGGUAUCCUAGAUUUUGUAACUCGUUGAAAAUGACAUCUAAUAAUUAAAUUGUUUGUACCCUAAUAUUCGCUAACGAAUACACAUUAUUUGAAAUAACAACGCAAAAACAUGACUUCGGAAAAGUCCGACAAUUUGUAUAUUUCUGGACAGACUCAUUGGAUUCGCCAUUCUCGAUUUUGUGAACUUCACAUCAUAUUGCAUUUAAGCGACCUUAAAAAACCAAGUUUUAUAAAAAUUCAAUAAUCUUCAGUUCUUGCAAAAUUCCUAGUUAGAUUCUUGUAUUUUAGGCCGAUAUAUGAGGGGUUAAAUCAUUUAUUAUACAUUGUAUUUGUUUCUGAAUAUUUCUGAAUACUAAUACAAGCUGACGAUACACUUUCCUAUACGUUAACAUUAUAGCAUGGGUGACAUUCUUAAUUCUUCGUUAUGUGCCAAUUAGAAGAUAUUUAGGAAACAAAAUUAACAAUCAUUAGAAAACCAAAAAUUUUUACUUCCAAACUAUUUUAUUAUACAUUAGACUUAAUGGUAAUGAAAAGACGAUUCUCAAUGUUACGAUGAAUUUUGACAAUUUCAAACAUAUCAAAGAUUAUGUAUCUUCAACGAAAUUAUAGUAUUAUUCGGUAAUUCUCUUUAAUGAAAUUGUUAUAGUUUGUAAAUUAUAAUUUUAAUGUAAACUAUUGCUGUCACAAUUUUAUCAAUACUAUAUCAGAUUUCAAUUAACCAACUGUUAUAUUUACUAAAAACAAUUUAUUAGUGUAAUAAAAAUUUAUGUAUACAAGAAUGCGUAUACAUAAAUGCAGCAAUAUAUUGUAUUUACAAAAUGAAUAAUAAUCAAUUACGUGCAAAAUAUAAUAUAGAUUAUUGCAAUAAUUAUUCUAUAUACCGUGACUAACUACUAUUGAUUUGCCAAUAGUAGAAAUUGCUUUUCAAUAUGUAUCUUCUAUUUUUACUUUUAGUUGAGAUCAAAACCAAUAGCGAGUUCAUUUGUAAAUGGCUAAAGUUCUUUUUCCGUUAAAGAAAAACUAUUAUUGUUUAUUAUGAAUUCUGUCAUGGGCACUUUAAUCAAAAUGUAUUUAUACCAUCUUUUUGUAUGUACUAACAAAUAAUAAAAUGAUUGCUAUUCUUU